AUGGCCACAACAAAAUGGGCGAUGUUCGUAACAACAACUUUAGCUUGGGAAUUGUCGCACGCUGUAGAUGGGCUCAUCUUGAUUGUUUUCCACGAUAGAUUUCGUGUGAUAUUGUGUCAGCCAUCACUACUGUGGCAAUAA